AUGGAUUCUUCCGUUCAUGGUUCCGUAAGCGAUCACCAUUACUUGAGAAGCUUUUUCGACAAGAUGAACCAAAUGAGAAAGGGUGAAGUUCUUUGUGACGUUGUGCUUAUGACGGAAAAUGGGAGAUCAAAACUGUAUGCGCAUAGAAGUGUUUUGGCAGCAAGUAGUUCAUAUUUUUACAACCUUUACACUGGUACUUAUCUUUCAAGGUAUAGUAGGGAAACUGUUAUCGGGGGAAUUACAGAUGAUACACUCAGCAUCAUUCUGGAUUAUAUUUAUUCUUCUAAAAUAUUGCUGGACCAAGGGAACGUGGAAGCAAUUUUGUACGCUGCUUUCCAGCUCGGAUUAGAAUCUCUCGUACAGCUGUGUGAAAAGUUUCUUCUUCGCAAGCUAUGUGUUGAGAACUGCAUUAAAAUGACGACUUUAGCCAGAUUAUACUCACUUGAAACGCUCCAGAGUGAAGGACAACGCUUGAUAAUCAAUAAUUUCUUGAAAAUUAAAAACUCUGGAGAAUUUUUUCAGCUAUCAAGCAAAGAACUGGUUCAAAUAGUAUCUGACGAUGAUUUAAAUGUGAGAAAUGAAGAACAAGUUUAUAAUGCGAUUCGAGCGUGGGUAAGUUAUGAUGUGUCAUCGAGGCAGCCUGAAUUUGAAAACCUUUUGAGUCAUGUGCGACUGCCAUACAUCAAUCGUAAAUUUUUACUUGGCACAAUCGACAAGGAUUCUCUAGUCACCUCAUCUUCGGCAAGUAGAGAAUUGGUGGCCGAAGCAUUGUCUUUCAAGAUGGCGAGUCACAGAGAUAAAAAGCUUUUCCACAACGAAAGAACUAAACGAAGGUAGUAAGUUUAUUCCGCUGUUAUUUUUAAAAUAUAGCGUUCUCAAUACUGGCUCGUCCUCAGUCCCUCACAGUCGCUUAUCUGAGAUAUUUCAGAGGGGGAGGAAGGAACGGGAAGCCGGAGAAAAUCUGUCCAUCAUGCCCCCUCUCGACUCCUACUCCCCAUAUUGAAGUACACCAACCACACUUUGCCUUGAAAAACGAAACACAGGGUACUAGAGUUUGCUUUUCUCGCGUGUAGCGGGACGCUUUGGGGUAGGAAUCAAACGCGCAUGAAAAAUAAAAGUCUCGGAUACCCAUGGUAAUUAAUAGGAAAAACCUUGUAGAGGAGGCAGCUCUCAAUACAGCCCCAACGUAAAGUGGAAGCCAAGACGUGUCUUGAAGCGAGCAAAACGGGCGCGAGGAAGCACAAAGUACGAGAAAGUAGAGGGUUGAAUUGUGAACAGUCCAGUGAUUUUAUACCUGACCAUUUUUACUCUAUAAUCCAUUUGUGUGUGUAUUAGCAAUGCUGUCCCCAGAUAGUACUGAUUGAUGAGACAUUCUGUGGAUGCGGAGGGGACUGGGUUGGCCGUGUGUCGAAAUUCAUAAUGGGGCUGUCUUGCGGAACAAACUUGGACCCAACCUACUGCGUAACGUCGUAUAUUGUAAUUACCAGUAAUCCCUUAAACAUCCCACAGUGCAUUUCGACAUUAAACUGACCCAUGCUUAGUCUCACAACCUCAAAGUGGCCAAAGAUUAAAUCAUUUUUAAGCAGGUUUUGCUCAGUUUAUAUUGAAAAACGGCUGCAAAGAAUUCAUUCGCGCUGAUCACCUGUAAAACCAAUUAACCAUCCUCUGUCUGUGCAACCUCGUUCCCAGACUCCGAGUAUCGUCCUCUCGUCCGUCUCUCGCUUCAGGAAACGGUAGGACAAGAGAGGCCCGGAGCGAGGUUGCUGUUUGCAUGAGUUGUUGGCCCCGCUUUUUACAGGGCUUCUUCCGGUACUGCAGGCUUGUUUGUUUGUAAUACCAAAAACGUCCGGAUUGUAGAAGAGCCACUGACAUGACGAUCCGGUCGUGGAAUGCAAAUCAAUAGAGAUGGAGAGAGAUGUCGCUUCCGGUUUCCUCCUGUAUUUAGGAAUAUUCGUGAUUUUACGUAAUAUGAUAGAUAUUGCUGUUUUUGUCUUUAUGGUCUUCAUGGAAUCAUCAGGUGGAAAUCUCACUUGAUUGACGUCAUCGUCUUAGUUGGAGGCGUCGUAGAAGACGGCGUUCAGCCUUGCUGCCACUGCUUCAAUCCGCUGACCAAUAAAUGGCACUACAUGUCUCCGGUGAUUGACAGCCGGUUGAACUUUGGCCUUGCCCGGUUACAAGGAUGUUUGUUUGCGGUGGGUGGCUCUACGAUUGGAGAGAAAAUGACGAUGCUUUCAAGCGUUGAAAGAUUUGAUCCCAAAUUCAACUCUUGGGAGAAACACGCUCCGUUGAGCCAGGGUAAGAAGGGAGCGUAGGGAAUUGUGGGGACAUGCAAUGUGAUUUUCCACACAAGCUACAGGUUAACAUUUAUAGAAUGGAAAGCAGAAGCGGAAACAGAAAGAUUAGAGACAGAAGCGCAAAAAAGAAACAAACAAAUAAACAAAAACAAAAACAAAAACAAAAGCGGAAGCUCGAUGGAAGCAGGGACAGAAAUAAUGGAAGACUUUAAGGUAAAUGGUUUAAAGCCAGAAUGUAGCGGAUAAUGAAACGGUCAUUGUGAGUCAACGAAAAAACUUUUUUCCAGAAUCCUCUAGAAAUUGAAUUGAAAACAUACUACUUAAGUAGAAACCUCAAGACUAAUGUUUAGCAAACUACUGAAGACUUCCGCUUUUGUUCCGUCGUUAUGGUUAACAGGAGGACAUAAAGUUGUUUCCAUUCGGUUUCCCGUGUUUGUUGCUUCUUUUGUUUGUAUAACCCUACGAUCGAAGACCCCACCCCAUAACAACGUUAAUCCACAGCAAGGGGACAUGUUACAAAAGGUUGAGUAAUACCAGAGUGUCCCAAUUUAUGGUUCUGACUUAGUUUAGGCCUACUAAAAUACCCUAGAAGAUAGAUGAUUCUGGCUUUAGCGUGUGUGAAAAGGAAAGUUGCUAGAAAUUUUUUUGGUUUACCAAAAGCAUUGUAGACAUUGUAAAGCAAAACCUUGGCAGUCACGAAAUUAGUUAUAAAGCUCUCUGGUAGAUUAAGUCGCACUUCAAUGUAUCGGCAGGUCGCUUCAGCCACGAGACCCUGGAACUUCAAGGGAAAAUAUACGUUGUUGGAGGAGUUUUAGAAAGAAAUAGUCAAGAGCAAACGAUGGAAUGCUAUGAUCACGUGACAGACAAGUGGACUUCACUUUCUGCACCCCGUCAGAAUCGUCAUUCUCACUGUGCAAUGUCACUAAAUGGCUACCUUUAUGUGAUUGGAGGUAAGUUUAUGGUAUUUCUGUUUAAAACCUAUUAGGUUUAUUGCGGGUAACCAGAGGAGCCCGCAAUCCUGAUCUCCAGGUUGCUACUACGCAUGCGCGGUAAGUAUGUAACCAGUUGGGAUUUCCUACUAGAAUAAAUGGAAUGCGCAGAACACAUCUGAUUACGAGCCGUAGCACCUUCUAUAGCGAGAAACCCACGCAAAUCACAGCGUUUGACCUUCUUUCGAUCUCGCACGCAUUCUCUUACCUUUGGUUAUUACUAGUUUCCUGGAUCAGUUAACGUACAAUGACAUUGUAUCGCCCAUGUAAAGGAAUCAAAGACAUUCUCGGAUUCUGAAUUCACGCCGUGGAUUUCAAAUUCCAGGCACUGGAAUUCCGGAUUACGGAAUACGGAUUCCCUUACAUGGAGCGAAUUGUAGCCAGUCGCUAUCAAAGAUCUUAAGCCCCAUAUUUACGUGUUAACGGAUUUACUCAAGACUUGUACCUACUACUUCUGACAGUCUUUUUACCACUGUACAAUCUCUGUAGGAAUCUCCAAAAACAACAACGUUCUUAAGACAGUGGAAAGGUAUGAUCCUCAACACGACAAAUGGCACAACGUGGCGAACCUCAACAUCCCGCGGAGUGGAGCAUGCGCAGUAGUACUGAUGGGUCAAAUCUUCGUGAUGGGUGGUGGUUCAGACGUUCGUAAAAUUCUGAAUUCCUGUGAGAUUUACGACCCUGGAGUAGAUAGAUGGUUUAUCGGGAAAGGUGAGUCCGAUCAGCUUUCCUUCUUUCAAGGGCUAACAACACGCAUCAAUAAACAUGAUGAACUGUAACUAUAUAUAGUAUAUCUUUUCUUUUUUUUGUUAUCUUGUCUUUUUAAGUAGCCACACCAUAUCACGUCAUAUUAUGUAAUUUCCGGUCAUUAUUUUACUUCAUAUAUAUUUCUAUAAAUUCGUGAUAUCUCAAUAAACCUGAUGAAGACUACUAUUGGCCAGUCGAAAUAUCGCAACUUAACUCUAUUUCACGUUGUUUGAUUAGUCCCUGCAAAAGUCUUCUUGACUGUAACGUUUUCAACGCGCAUCAGUUUGAUCCGCGUCGCUGAAACACCCGGAGGGUGCCCCCUUAUAAUGGCCUACACGGGGAUGCUCAGCCCGAAAGGGGUACCUUUCUCAAGCUUCAGAUGAAAAGGUCGGGAUUUCGUUAGUUGAAGUAUUGGAAAGGGUUGGGAAAUCCGUCAUUUCGGUCCUUAAAAGGACCAAAAAGGGCUAACAGACACAUUUGAGGGACGUGUAAGAGACAAGAAAACUUCGUGGUUUAGUGAGUUAUUCACGUUAAAAAGACGUUGAAUUUAAGGCAGUUAAAAGACAUGCAAAGUUCUAAACUAGGUAAGUGAAACGGGUGCCAUUUUUAAGUCGCAGGCUUAAGAAAGGAGUACCUUUUCUUUCAAAAUGGUAUACAAAAGGGUGAGGGGUUGGACCUAGGGGCGGAGCCUCCCCGUAUAAAACGUUGUCGAGUACCGCACAUAGCGCACGUCGUCAUUGUCAUUUUUAGCCUCAAGCUUAUUAUUCUUUUGUUUUUCAGAUAUGAAAACUAAACGUGAUCGCGCUGGGGCCACGGUCUUUGGUGGAAGAAUCUACGUGUUUGGUGGUUCAUAUGGUAACGUAGCUGUGACAUCAGUGGAGUGUUAUGACCCCCGUGAAGAUGGUUGGUCCGUUAUAACUGAGCUGCCUUACCCACGAUAUGGAUUUCGGUGCGCAACAACUGCUGUAACAAACGACAUGAUAGCAGACGUACCUCCUGCGAAACCAAAAGCACGAAACCAAGAAAAAUUGAUUUAG